AAUUCCAAAAGUACCGCUCGAUCAAUUUUCACUACCUCUGAUCACAUGAACGAUAGAGGUUUAUUCUCUUCGUCUCCUUCUUUUUCUUGCUACCAAAAUUCACAUGUCUCUUCAUCUUCUCUUGAAUUCAACAAUUCAUAUAUGAAUUAUCAUAUGAGGAGAGACAGUGAUUGUGUUCUGGGUGCUAAUUGUUUUCCUAUUACAAACAAUCCUCAAUAUUCUCAAGUCUCUUUCACCCAAACAAUUACAAAUAGGUUUUCUGCUAUUUUUCCUAGCAAUCAAAUUUACAAUAUCCAAAAUGAUAUUGCAUGUGUCCAACAUGACAUGGAUUUCAAAAACAAUAUGUGGAACCGUUCUACACUCUAUCCUCCAACAUUUCUUGAUAAAAACUGUGGGAUCUUGAACCCUAAACCUGUUAAUGUCAUUCCUCACGAAGACUCUCCUUAUCGGCAGCAUCUGGACAUGUUUUCUUCGUCAUCAAAGCACAACCAUGACCUACAUGUUCUCCAAGAAGGUCAAUCGUCAAGGAAAAGCCCUAAACCAGCCAAAUCUCAUGAAACAACUAAUGAUUAUUACAGUUCUGAUGAAGACGGGAGAAGUGAAGAUGUUCAAUAUGAUGGUCGAACACAUAGUUUGACAUAUAAAAAAUAUGGUCCAUAUACAUGUCCCAAGUGCAACGGUGUGUUUGACACUUCACAGAAAUUUGCUGCACAUAUGACAUCUCACUACAAGAAUGAGACAAACAAAGAAAGAGAUGAGAGGUAUCGUGCAAGGAUUAAAAAAAAAUAUCGCAAACUAAGAAACAAUAUUCAUGGUGGAUAUCUAUGA